AUGACAGUGAACCCUCGGGGCAUCAUACAGACAUCUCCUUCUCUUCCUCGCUCCGCCCAACUCCUCCUCCUCCUCCUGCACCUCCUCCUCCUGCACCUCCUGCUCCUGCACCACCUCUCAGACGGGUUCCAGGCCCAGCUCAGCUCCUCUGUGUUAUCAUUCACCCAGGCUUCCUACAACGUUUCAGUAUAUGAGAGCCCCACCCCAACCCCCCAUGUUCUAACAGAGCCCCACCCCAACCCCCAUGCUCUAACAGAGCCCGACCCCAACCCCCAUGCUCUAACAGAGCCCCACCCCAACCCCCAUAGCCCCCACCCCAACCCCCCAUGCUCUAACAGAGCCCCCACCCCAACCCCCCUUGCUCUAACAGAGCCCCACGCCAACCCCCAUGCUCUAACAGAGCCCCACCCCAACCCCCAUGCUCUAACAGAGCCCCACCCCAACCCCCAUGCUCUAACAGAGCCCCACCCCAACCCCCCAUGCUCUAACAGAGCCCCACCUCUAACCAGACUUAAAGCAGGCAUGAACUCUGCAGCCAGGACCUACACCCAGAGUGCUGUGAGGAUGGGUGUGGUCCUGGACCCGGCUCUUACCUGGGAGGUCAGGUACUCCAUCGAGGCUGGGAACAGCGAGGGCAUCUUCCAGGCUGAGGAGCUGGUGCUGGGGGACUUCAGCUUCCUGAGGGUGCAGACCAACGGAGGCAGUGGAGGCACCUUGAAUCGGGAGGUGCAGGACAAUUAUACACUGACGGUGCGGGCCACAGCACAAGGUGGGCUGGAGGCCUUCACCACCGUCUUCGUCAACAUCCUAGACAUGAACGACCUUCGACCUCUGUUUGCUCCGACCUCCUACUCCUUCGUGGUCCCCGAGGGCUCUCCGCUGGGCGCCAGCGUCGGCAGGGUAACGGCCACGGACGCAGACGUCGGAUCCAACGGGCAGUUUUACUACUUCUUCAGGGAGCGUGUGGAGCUGUUCUCGGUGCACCCCACCAGCGGGGUUGUGACCCUGACGGGCCGGCCAAUAACGGGGCAGCGGAUGGAGCUGGAGGUACGAGCGGUGGACAGAGGGAUAAAGCUCUACGGGACCAACGGGGUCAGCAGCACCGCUAAGGUGGUCCUGACGGUUGAACGGGUGAAUGAGUUUUCUCCGGUGCUGUCUAUGGUGGCCCUGGUACCAUCGUGGUUGGACCAAGACCCUGUGUUUGCUGUGGUCACGGUGGAGGACCAGGAUGAGGGGGUGUGCGGGGACAUCGAGUGGGUCUCCAUCGUCGAGGGCGACCCACUGGAACAGUUUAAGGUGGACCGCUCUCCGGUCGGGAACGAGUACAAGGUGAAGACGUCAGAGCCUGUGGACUGGAAGAAGUUUCCAUAUGGUUGUAACCUGACCCUCCAGGCUAAAGACAGAGGAACCCCUCCUCUGUUCUCCAACACUCAGGUGGUCCAGGUGUUAGUUAGAAAACCUCAAGCUCUCCAGAUGAGAUUUGAUAAACAGCUCUACCAGGUGAGACUGAGUGAGAUAGCGCCGCCUGGCACCAUCAUAGUGGAAGUGCGGAUCACCCCAGGCCCUCCCACCGUCAACUACAGCUUCAGCCCCUUCUCUGCCUCACCGCACUUCCUCAUCAACCCUCUGACCGGGGUCAUCACUACGACAACCCCUCUGACCAGCCUAUCACAGGACGUCGUGGAGCUGGAGGUGCUGGAGCAGGGCAGUAAACUCAGAACCAGGGUCCAGGUCACCAUAGAGGACGCUAACGGCAACACGCCCACGUUCGCCAGGCCGGCGUACGACGUGUCAAUCGAAGAGACCAUGCCGGUCGGCACGGUGAUCUUGGUGGUGUCGGCGGUGGACGAUGACAAAGGGGAGAACGGGUGUAUCACCCACAGCAUUGCUGGGCUUCAGGCGCUACCCUUCACCAUAGAUCAGGACUCAGGAGAGGUACUGGCUACUUUUAGUGUUGACUGUUGGGGCUGGUUGAUCCUCACUCUGAGGACCACUAGAGAGCUGGACUGCGAGACGUCAUCUGAUCUCUACAUGUUCUCCGUCCGGGCCUCAGACUGGGGUUCUCCGUACCGGCGGGAGAACGAGGUCAACGUGACAGUGCGCCUCAUCAACGUAAAUGACAACAGACCUUUGUUUGAGAGGGUUGGCUGCCGAGGGAUGAUCGAACAGGACUUCCCUGUAGGCCAGAACAUCGUCACCAUGUCAGCUGUGGACAUAGACGACCUGGGGCUGGUUAAGUACAGGAUCCUGUCAGGUAAUGACCUGGACUACUUCAACCUUAACCCAGAUUCUGGUGCCCUGGCCUUGAGGAGGUCCCUGGCCUCCGCUAACCUCAAGACGGUUGUCUUCAACCUCAAGGUGGAGGCGACGGACGGAGAGCUGUUCUCGGAGCCGACCUACGUCAACGUGACGGUGGUCCGGGGAGGGAUGCCGUCUCGUAGUGUCACCUGCAGAGAGACAGGAGUGGCCCAGAGCCUGGCAGAGCUGGUACUACAGAAGGCUACGGCGCUGCGGAGACCCAGGGUGGAUGAGGGGUACACAGACCUGUUCUCAGCCAACAGACUGACACCUCAGUUUGUGUCGUUCCCCUCCAGUAUUGUGGUCAGGGAGGAUCUGGCCAAGGGGGCGAGUGUCUUUCAGGUGAGGGCAACAGAUGACGACACGGCCUUCAACGGUCACAUCCUGUACGCCAUCUCCAACGGCAACAGAGACAGCUGCUUCGACAUCGCCAUGGAGACGGGCCUGAUGACAGUGUUCCUGCCGCUGGACCGCGAGCGGACUGACCGCUACGUCCUGAACGUGACCAUCUACGACCAGGGUCUGCCUCAGCGUUCCAACUGGAGGCUCCUGACCGUUAACGUAGAGGACGCUAAUGAUAACGAGCCUGUGUUCGUCAAGGACAGCUACAGCGUGGUGGUCCCUGAGAACACAGCGUUGGGUACUGAGGUGGUGCAGGUCGUUGCUGUAGACAGAGACCUCGGCUCCAACGGAGAGGUCUCCUACUCGCUGCUCACCGCCGUGCCGCAGUUCAGCCUCAACAGCAACACAGGGGCAGUGGUCGUGUCGGGGCAACUCGACCGGGAGACCAUCCCAACGUUUAGCCUGAAGGUGGAGGCCAGGGAUAAGGCGGAGAGAGGGACCCAGCGGUUCAAGGUGACAACUCUGAGUAUAACACUAGAGGACGUUAAUGACUGCCCCCCGCUGUUCGUCCCUGGGAGCUACAGCGCCCGAGUCCUGGAGGACCUGCCACUAGGGGCAGUCAUCGCCUGGCUGCAGACCCAGGAUGCAGACCUCGGACUGGGGGGACAGGUCUCCUACGCUCUGGCCAAUGACGGAAACGGCAUCUUCGAGGUGGAUGCGGUGAGCGGCGCAGUGAGGGUGGGGAAGAGGCUGGACUAUGAGAGACAGCAGAUCUACAACCUGACUGUAGUGGCCGAGGACAGAGGGACACCUAUCCUACGCUCUCUAUCUUACCUGGACAUAGAGGUGGUGGAUGUGGAUGAGAACCUGUUCUCUCCAUACUUCUCUGAGUUUGCUGUGCGGGGCAGUGUGAAGGAGAACAGCAGAGUAGGGACCAGUGUCCUGGUGGUCAGUGCUAGAGACGAGGGGGGAGACGAGGGGGUCGUCAGGUACUCUGUCAGAGGAGGCAGUGGGAUCGGCAGCUUCUCCAUCGAUGAGGAAACAGGUUUGAUCUACACUACAGGUAUUCUGGACUGUGAAACCAAGUCGUCCUAUUGGUUGACGGUCCACGCCACCAGCCGCGGGGUCACGCCCCUCUCCGCCUCCAUUGAGGUCUUCAUCCAGGUGGAGGACGUGAACGAUAACUCCCCCUUGACCUCCGACCCCAUCUAUCACCCCGUCGUCAUGGAAAACUCUCCCAAAGAUCUGUCCGUCAUCCGUAUCCAGGCGCAGGACCCCGACUUCACCGCCAUGCCCGGUCGCCUUAGUUACCGCAUCACCGCCGGCAACCCACAGAACUUCUUCUCCAUCAACUCCAAAACAGGUCUGAUAACAACAACAUUGAGGAAACUGGACAGAGAGCAGCAAGCAGAGCACUUCCUAGAGGUAACGGUCAUGGACAGUCCGGUAAUGUCCCGUCUCUCCACUGUGUGGGUCAUAGUCCACAUCCAGGAUGAAAACGAUAACAUCCCCACAUUCACCGAGUCCGUCUACCGGAUCAGCUUACCGGAACGCGACCGGAACAAGCGCGGUGAUCCCAUCUAUCGGGUGUUUGCGUUCGACCUCGACCUGGACACCAACGGCAACAUCACAUACAGCAUCGUCGGGGGUAACGAUGAUGAGAAGUUCAGCAUUGACCCGCUGACCGCAAUGGUGUCGUCACACAAGAUGGUCACGGCAGGAAGCUAUGACAUCAUCACCAUAAAGGCCCUAGACGGUGGAAGCCCUCCUCUAUGGUCUACAGUAAAGCUCCAUAUGGUGUGGGUUCGUAAGCCUGUUCCCUCUCUGCUGCCGCUGGUGUUCUCCCAGCGCUACUACAACUUCUCCGUCUCUGAGGCCACAGCUGUAGGUCAGCCUGUAGGACUGGUGUCUGUACGACAAACGGACACACCGCUCUGGUUUGACAUCAUAGGAGGGAGGGUAGCCAAGGAGGUAUUCUAUAUACCUAAAUACAUCUGUGGGAGGAACUGCUCAUCUGAAGCAGAGGGGAGCUACGACAGUGGCUUUGACUUCCAGCAGGGCAUGGGUACUGUGGUGAUAGCCAGGCCGCUGGACGCUGAGGGUCAGUCGCUCUACAACCUGACGGUCAUGGUCACUGACGGUACCAACACAGCUAACACACAGGUCUUCAUCCGUGUUCUUGACAGUAAUGACAACCCUCCCGUCUUCUCUCAGCCUACAUAUGACAUUAGCGUGUCAGAAGACAUGCCGGCCGACACAGAGCUGUUGCGUGUGCGAGCGUCAGACGGUGACGAGCGUGCACGUCUCAGCUACUCCAUCCACAGUAGUGUAGAUCCAGCCAGUAUGAGGCUGUUCAAGAUUAACCCUGGGACUGGAGUGGUCUACAGUGCUGACCGACUGGACUACGAGGCUAGGACACAACACAUUCUGACCAUCAUGGUAAAGGACCAGGAGUUUCCAUUUAACCGUGAUCUGUGUCGUAUCCUGGUGGCGGUUGAGGACAUUAAUGAUAACGUGCCGUACUUCAGCAGUACUGUGUAUGAUGCUGUAGCCUACGAGUCAUCUCCUCCUGGAUCACCUGUCCUCCAGGUAUCGGCUCUGGACAGAGACAACGGGCCAAACGGACUGCUGCAGUACUCUAUAGAAGCAGGUAACACGGGAGCAGUGUUUGCUAUCGACGCUGCCACUGGUGUUAUCUCCGUAGCGAGAGACCUGGACCUCUCGUCCGUAGGAUAUUACAUCAUCACCGUGCGCGUCACUGACAGCGGCACGCCACCCCUCACCGCCACUGCUACGGCACGUGUUUCCCUCACUCUCUCUGACUCCUCCCAGCCCAAGUUCAGCCAGAGAGAAUACCAGGCAGAGGUGAUGGAGAACUCUGCCAAAGGAAGGUACGUCACAAUGGUGUCCGCCCUGAGUCGCUCUGCGCUGGUUUAUGACAUCACAGCCGGUAACCACGAACGCCAUUUCGCCAUCAACCGUCACACUGGAGUCAUCACCACCCGCAAGACACUCGACUUCGAGCGUACAGGUUCCUACUCUCUAGUGGUGCGUGCAUUGAGCAUGGCUGGAGUGGAGACCAGUGCUACGGUCAGUGUCCAGGUGGGAGACCAGAACGACUGUUCCCCUGUGUUCCAACAGCUCAGUUACGUUGGUGUUAUCAGCGAGGCUGCACCGGUCAACAGUGUGGUCCUAGCGGAGGACGGUAAUCCUCUGGUCAUACAGGCUUCGGACCGUGACCGUAACCUGAACGCCCUGCUGGUGUUCAACAUCAUAGAUGAGACCGCUAGAUCCUUCUUCACCGUGGACUCUGGGACCGGGUCCAUCAGAACCAUCUCUACUUUGGACUACGAGACGUUCUCUGCCUUCUCCUUCCGGGUCCAUGUGAGGGACAGUGGGAGACCCCAGAGAACAGCAGACAACCCAGCUCAGGUCCAAAUCAAGGUGGUGAACAUCAACGACUCUCCUCCUAAGUUCUCCCAAGACUCCUAUGAAACGGUCCUCCUCCUCCCCACCUACCCCGGAGUCGAGGCCCUGAGGGUCACGGCCUUUGACCCAGACCUGACGCCCGACCCCGCCGUGACCCCUGCUGACCUCUCUGUGACCUCUGCCCUGGUGUACACCCUGGCUGACCGGAACCUCGAACACUUCUCCAUGGAACGUUCCACUGGCAUUCUCACCGUCAAGAACCGCAACCUCUCCAAAGACCGCUAUCGCUUCAACGUCAAGGUGUGGGAUGGUCGUUUCUCCAGCACAGUGUUAGUAACCAUCCUGGUCCGUGAAGCGAUGGACAGCGGCCUCCUCUUCUCCCUCCCCAUCUACUCCUCCUCCGUCGCCGAGAACGAUGGCAACAUCUCCAUAGUGACCGUGGUGAACGCAGUGGGGCACCGGCUUAACGAGCCGCUGAAGUACACGCUGCUGAAUGCCGGCGGUCGUUUCACAGUGCGCCCGACGUCCGGGGUGGUCCUGACCAUGGGAAUACCGUUUGACCGCGAGGAGCAGGACAGCUAUGAACUGGUGGUCGAAGCCAGCAGAGUGUACGACCGACUGAGGGUUGCCAGAGUUACUGUCAAGGUUCAGGUGGAGGAUGUGAAUGACAAUGCUCCGGAGUUUGUUGACCUGCCGUACUACGCUGCUGUCCAGGUGGAAUCAGACCCAGGCUCCGUGGUGUACAGGGUCUCAGCAUCAGACAGAGACUCUGGGCUCAACGGUGAUGUCAUUUACAUGCUGAAAGAGGAGCACAGGAACUUCCAGGUGGACCCUCUAAGAGGUGAACUGAUCCUCAAGCGCUCCCUCGAAGCCGACCUGUCCAACGCUGAAUACAAACUCACCAUCGUAGCGCAAGAUGGCGGCUCCCCUUCCCUGUCCAGUGAGGUGGAGCUACCGGUCACUAUCAUGAAUAAGGCCAUGCCGGUGUUUGACAAGCCUUUCUAUGGCAUCACAGUGAGGGAGGAUGUCCCCGUGUCCACGCCGGUCCUGUAUAUCAACGCUACCAGCCCCCAGGGACAGAGUGUUAUAUACACUGUCAUGGAGGGAGACCCUUCACUACAGUUUGACAUGGGCUUUGAUACCGGUGCGAUCCGUGUCAGCUACCCGUUAGACUACGAGACCACACCAUACUACCGAUUAACGGUAAAGGCUACGGACACGCAGACUGGUGCAAGGUCAGAGGUCGAUGUGGACAUCGCCGUGUUGGACGUUAAUGACAACCCUCCGCUUUUCCAGAACGUCUCAUAUUCCACCACACUGCCCGAGAACUCCAUGAUUGGCACUCCAGUAUUACAGGUGUUGGCGUUGGACAGUGACUCAGAGCGUAACGCGUUGGUCCGUUACCAGAUCCUGUCAGACGUCUACAACAGUACCGACUUCUUCCACAUCGAUAGCAGCAGCGGACUGAUCCUCACCGCACGCACGCUCGACUACGAAACCAUGCAACAAUACACCUUCAUCGUCAGGGCAACCGACAGCGGCAACCCUGCCCUGAGCAGCGAGGUCAAUGUCAUGGUUUUGGUUACAGACACCAACGACAACCCUCCUUCCUUCAGCCAAUCACUGUACGAAGUGUACUUAAGUGAGCUGGCCCCCAGGGGACAGUUUGUGACCUGCGUCCAGGCCUCUGACGCUGACAGCUGUGAUGCAAAUAGACUCAGGUACAAUAUCCUAUCCGGUGAUGAGCGGAUGGUGUUUACGAUGGACAUAGAGACGGGGUUGAUAUCUCUGUCCAGUCAGAGAAGACAGGGGAUGAGGGCUUCCUUUAGGCUCAACGUGUCUGUGUCCGACGGGGUCUUCACCAACACCGCUGAGGUCAAUGUGUAUGUGUUGGGAGCAAACCUCUACAGUCCAGUUUUCAGUCAGAGGUUCUACCUGGCGGAGACCAGAGAGAACGCACCUGCUGGAUCCAGAGUCAUACAGGUGCGUGCUACGGAUGAGGACUCAGGUCUGUUUGGUCAGGUGACCUUCACGUUCAUCAACGACUUGGGGAAGAGUAAGUUUAGCAUCGACGCUAAAGGCCUCAUCACCACCGCACAGAAACUAGACCGUGAAAACCCUAGCAACAAGGACAUAGUCCUCACCGUCAUGGCCCUUGACGGAGGAGGUCGUGCAGCAUUCUGUACAGUCCGUGUUGUGUUGACUGAUGAGAAUGACAACGCCCCUCGGUUCAGGGCGGUGGAGUAUCGUAUGAGCAUCAAGUCCAAUGUGGCCAAAGGAUCGUUGGUUACCCAGAUCCAGGCCUCAGACCUUGACGCUGGACCCAAUGGACGGGUCAUCUAUUCCCUGUACAGCGAGGCCCGCCUGCCCCUGGUUGACGUACUGGAGGUGGAGCCAGACAGUGGUUGGAUGGUGACGAAAGGAUCUCUUCUCCAUCUCCAGGGAACCAUCCUAUCCUUCUUUGUCAAGGCUACAGACCGUGGCUCCCCGGCAAAACAUUCUCUGGUCUCAGCCUUCAUCCAUGUCCUCCCCCCGGACGCCCUGGUCCCCUCCUUCACCCAGCCUCAGUACUCCUUCACCAUACCAGAGGACACACCUGUGGGCACGGCCCUGGGAAACAUAUACCUGGCCCCAGGACAGACUGGGGCUUACACCGCUGUGGGGGGAGAGACUCCCGACAGCAACCAGGGAGGUACGUUCCUGGUGGAGAGAGAGACGGGUCUGGUCCGGCUGACCAAUCCUCUGGACUAUGAACUGGUCAGCAUCUUCAGGUUUAAAGUCUCAGCUACGACUCGACGAGACCUCAUAGAGUCCAUCUCUACUGUCGACGUGGAGGUGAAGAUUCUGGACAUAAAUGACAACAAGCCAUUGUUCGAGACCAGUUCCUACGUUGCCAUGGUAAUGGAGGGGAUGCCCGUGGGUACCAGGGUGGUCCAGGUGCGGGCGCUCGACCCUGACUGGGGCUCAAACGGACAGGUCACCUAUAGUUUGGGUCCUCCACUUAACCAGAUCCAGGAGAACAGACCAGACCGCACCUCAGCUGGUUCCUCAUUUGGUAUUACUGGUACCAGUACUGGUUCAACUAGUUCUACUGGUACCGGACCAGUGUUCUCCAUUGACAGUAAAACGGGCUGGAUCACAACCCUGUCGGUUCUGGACCAUGAGGCUGGACCCAGCUACACCUUCGUGGUGGUGUCUUCAGACCUGGGGGAGCUGCUACAACUAUCCUCUACCACUGUCGUCACGGUGUCUGUAGCAGAUGUGAAUGACAACCCUCCGCGAUUCGAGAGAGAGUUUUACCGGGGCGCGGUCAGAGAGAGUGACCCACCAGGAGAGGUGGUGUCUGUCCUCAGCACCAAGGACGGAGACACCACGGAUAAAAACAAACUGGUCAGCUACCACAUCACAGGUGGUAACCCAGGGGGGGUGUUCAGUAUAGCGCUGGUCCAGGGUGAAUGGAUGGUGGUGGUGCGCGGUCAGCUGGACAGGGAAAAACAGGACUUCUAUCUACUCAACAUCACCGCCAGCGACGGCCUCUACAUCACCCGUACUGCCGUGGAGGUCACUGUCAUGGACGCCAACGACAACACACCUGUCUGCAACCAGGCGGUCUACCGUGUGACCUUCCCUGAGGACAUGCCUCCUAACCAGGGCAUUCUGACUGUAGGGGCUUCUGAUGCAGACACAGGCACCAGCGCUGAGAUACAGUAUUCUCUUUUUGGGAUCGGAGUAGAGGACUUCUAUAUGGACGCAAACACUGGUGACAUGAAGACAGCGACGGUGAUGGACCGUGAGAUGACCUCCAGCUACAAGUUGAUCGCCCAGGCAACCGACGGGGGCGGGCUCUUCUGUCGCUCCGAGGUCUCUGUCACGCUUUUGGAUGUAAACGACAACCCGCCCUCCUUUUUUUCCAGCCAAUACCUGGCCAACAUUUAUGAGAACGCCGCCCCCAAAGCACUGCUGACACGCCUACAAGCCAGUGACCCUGACGAAGGUCCAAACCGUACAGUGGUGUACUCCCUGGUAGACUCCGCAGACGGGUUCUUCUCUAUAGAUCCAGUAUCAGGCGUGGUGGUUCUGGAGAAAGCCCUGGACAGAGAGACCAGAGACUCCUACAGGGUCAGGAUCCAGGCCUCCGACCGCUCUGGACUGCAGGGGGCGCUAUCCUCACAGGUGGAUCUGACAGUAGUGGUGCUGGACGUCAACGACAACGCCCCGGUGUUCCAGAGGCGUGACUACACCGUCACCGUGCCCGAGGACGUUGCCAUGGGAACAGAGAUCCUGCGGCUGUCGGCCACCAGCGACGACAUUGGGGCAAACGCUGAGGUCACGUACAGCAUCAGGGCUGGCAAUGAACUGGGGAAGUUUCAGAUUGACAGAACUCUGGGCUCCAUCUCAGUAGUUGAUGACAUGGACUUUGAGGUGUGUAAGGACUACUUCCUGACUAUAGAGGCUUGGGACGGCGGGGCCCCGCCCCUCAGCACUGCUACCAUGGUAACCAUAGAACUGAUGGACGUCAACGACAACGCUCCAGCCUUCAGUCAGGAUAUCUACAACGUGCUGGUCAGCGAGGACGCAUCAGUCGGACAGACUAUCACCAGGUUGCUAGCGGAGGACCUGGACAGCCAGGUGAACGGGCGAAUCACUUACUCCAUCCUCCGUGGUGACCGUGGCAACCAGUUCUGGAUCGACCCGGUAACGGGACUACUCAAAGUCAACAAGAGACUGGACCGGGAGGAGGUGUCCAACUAUACUCUGUCUGUCCAGGCGUUUGAUAGUGGUUCCCCCGCUAUGUCCUCUACAGUCAUCGUCAAUAUAGAUAUCUCUGACGUAAACGACAACCCUCCUGCCUUCGCCCCACCUAAUGCCUCAACCACUGUACAGUUGAACCAGCCGGCCGGGUCCAGUUUGCUGAAGCUGUCCGUCACUGAUAAAGAUUCCCCCAAUAACGGCCCUCCUUUUGAGUUCCGCAUUGUGUCUGGUAACGAGGGGAACGCUUUCUCUGUGGAACAGACCGGAGACCUACGGUCCAACCGGGUUCUAGGACCUGAUGCUACCAGGGAGUUCACUCUGCAGGUCCAGGCCAGUGACAGCGGUAAGCCCCGUCUCUCCUCCUCUUGCUGGGUCUUCGUCAGGGUAGUCGGAGACAGCCAGUACAGACCCUCUGUCAAUCCAUUGGACAUCUACAUCGUCACGGCAACAGACUCCUAUCCCGGCGGCCCGAUCGGCCGGAUAUACGCCUCCGACCGCGAUGUCACAGACGUGUUGUCCUUUACCCAGAGGCCUUUGCAGCAGCGGAAUCCAUUCAAGAUCAACAGGCAGGACGGCAGUGUAGUGGCCGUGGCUGGACUGGAGCCUGGCAGGUAUCAGUGUAACGCCACUGUGAGUGACGGUCGCUACUCUGUCCCAGUGGUCGUAACGGUCGUGGUUGAACAGGUGACUGAGGAUCUCCUCCGUAGCGCCAUCACCCUGAGGUUUUCCUCGCUGACCCCUGAAGACCUGCUGGGACGCCAUCUUAAUAAUAUCAAGCAGAGUCUGCGUGUCGUGGUCGGCUGGGGUUCGUCAUCGCUUGAGCAACAACAGGACCCUCUGCACAUCCUCGGUGUGCAGCCGAUGCCAGGUGGCAUCGACCUACUCCUGGCCAUGGAGAGACCAGAGGGGGAAGGAGAGGGUGGAGGCUACCUAACCUCACAGGAGCUGAUCCUCAGGAUGGGGGAGGCGGGGUGGAGAAGGGAAGGGAGAGGACAGGGAGGGGAGUCGACUACAGGAGGCCAGGGAGGGCAGCUCCAGGGUGUCCUGGCCGGGGCGGAGGUGCUGGCACCAGCCUGCUCGGGGGAGCUCGAAUGCGGGGACAGAGUGUGUGAGCAGGCCCUGGUGGUGGAGGGUGGAGCGAUGGUCACCUACAGCACCCCGACAGUCAGCUUCAUCACCCCACGAUACAGCCGCAUGGAGACAUGCACCUGCCCAGGUGGUACCUGUCCCAACCCCGUAGAAGAGCAGUGUGAGGGACAAUCCUGUCCUAUAGACAUGCAGUGUGUUCGUUCCAGCCCCACAGCGCCCUCUGUCUGCCAGUGUCUGACAGACAGGAUGGACCAGUGUGCAGGCCAGACAUCUCUGAGUUUCUCAGGUAACAGCUAUAUAAAGUACAGGGUGAAAGAAGGAGGCCAGGGAGGAGGAGGAGAGAUGAGACUGGGUCUAAGCAUCAGAACAUUACAGAGUAGAGGAGUCAUCAUGUACACACGGGCCAACCCCUGCACCAUGCUGAAGAUCGAAAGUGGUCGUCUGUGGUUCCAGCUGGACUGUGACAACACGCUGGGCAUCAUGGGUAUCUCCGGCAGACCAAUCAACGAUGGGCGCUGGCAUGCCGUGACGUUAGAACUCACCAGCAACUAUACCCUCCUCUCAUUGGACGACAGCUAUGUGGAACGCCGUAGGGCCGCCGGAGCGCCCGUCCGACUCUGGCCCCUCGCUCCCGAUCCGUCCUUCUUCUUCGGUGCCCAAGUCAGACCUCCAACUUCCAAUCCCGUGGAGAGGGGACCGGGUCCCGGGGAGAGGGCAAUGAGGGGUCCGCCCCGGGCCGAGGAUGGGUUUCAGGGGUGUCUGAGGUCGCUGGUGCUGAAUAGUAACGAGCUACCUCUCCAGAACAAGAGGAGUCGCUAUGCAGAGAUAGCUGGCCUUAGUGAGGUGAAGCUCGGCUGUGUACUCUACCCUGACCCCUGUGUGACCCAGCCCUGUCUCAAUGGAGGAACCUGUAAACAACUGCCCUCUGGUGGUUUCAGGUGUAGUUGCAGUAUGAGGUACACUGGAGGUCGCUGUGAGGAGGAGCUGACUUCGUGUCUACCAAACCCCUGUCAGAACGGAGCAGACUGUACAGCUGGAGACACAUUCUUCGUCUGUGGAUGUCCCCGGGGUCUCGAUGGACUCAUAUGUGAUGAGGAUGUGAACGAGUGUGAGCGUGAGGAGUGUGAGAACGGAGGAGUGUGUAUGAACACCUUUGGGGCAUACUAUUGUAACUGUUCCUAUGGUUACGAGGGCCAGUUCUGUGGAGAGAGGAGCCUACUGGACCCAGACCCUGACCUACAGCCUCUCUCCUACGUGGGUCCAGUAGAGAUCAUCGGAAUCGGAGUCCUGAUCUUCGUCAUCUCCCUCCUCCUCCUCCUCUACAUUAUCUUCAGGAAGAAGAUCAGGUUCCAGAGGAAGGACUCCGGUUUCAGCCAGGAUGGAGGAGGGGCAAAGGAGGGUGUGGCGGUGGGUGGGGUCGGGACGGGGGUGGGCAUGUCUGCUGUAUCCGUGGAGACCAGCUACCUGCUGACAAAGACGGGGAUGGGGUCAGAAGGCAUCGAGUUCAAAGCCGUACGUGUCCCUGCCGACCCCCGACCGCCCGGCACUGCCGAGGUCAGCGUCGGUAGUUAUGGCGACAGAGAUGGAGGUCUAGGUGGAGGUGUGGUGACAGGUGGAGGGGUGGGUUCGGGGCCUCCUCAGGUGAUGGUACGGCCAACUACACACCCGACGACGAUGCUACCUGGUUGGCCUGGCAACAACAACAACCUAGCAAUGAGAGGUAUCGAUGGAGAUAACAUGGCUACCAGCGAGAGCUCCCUCUCUACCAGUCAGAUGAGCAGCUUCUUGUCGUCUGAUUCCUCGCAUCACAUCCUGGGCGGUGCAAGUAGAAGGGGCGUGGCCGUGUGUAGCGUGGUGCCCAAUCUCCAGCCCCUAUCGCCCUGUCACUCAGAACGAAACCCCGCCCAUAAAGCUCCCUGGGAGAGGCAGGGAGAGAGGGAUGGAAGAGAGGAGGAGUGGGAGCAGAGAGCAUAUGAACUGGAGAGAACUCAGAGAGCCAGCUCUCCUCUUGUGGAGGAUCUGGUAGAAGAGGUGCCGUGUUUCUCAGACAGUACAUCUGAAGCUCUCUCUCUCAGCUCCUACACCUCAGACUCCUUCGAUGACAACGCCUCCAUAGUGACUGUAAUAUGUCUGGUGAAUAAUACUGUGGACAGUAUAGAGAAUGAAGGUAUUGCUGCACUUUGUAACAGAGAGAAUACCUGCAUCUACAAUUCGUCAGAGUACGAAGUGGAUUCUUACCAGUGGGAGUCGUCUGAUUGGCUGUCCCCGUCCCGGCUCCGCCUACCUGGCAUCGAUGGGGGGUCACAGUGUGACAUUAUAGAUGACCUUCCGUCGUUCAGCAGAGCAGGAAGCGUGUACUCAUUACAGCUGGACUAUGGGCUGGGGGGGUACAGGAGGGAAAGAGAGAGAGGAAACUCAGUGGACAGAAGAAGGUCACUCUCAGCUGAGAGGAGGGGGUAUGAGAGAGAGAGAGAAAGAGACAUGGAGAGAGGGAGAGGGACGGAAAGAGCGAGAGGGAGAGGAAUGAUGGAGGGAGAGAGAGGGAGAGGGAUAGACAGAGAGAGGAUGGGGAGAGGGAUGGAGGGAGAGAGAGGGAUGGAAGGAGAGAGAGAGGGAGAGAGAGAUAUAAGAUAUGGAGGGAGAGUUCACAGAGGCUAUGGUUCAGCUGAUAGAAGAGAUAGAAGAGAACCCUCUGGGGACAGAAGAGGAAACAGGAGUGAGUGUAGAGACGGAGGUGGCACAGGGGUAGCCAGACCACACACAGCAGACAGAAAGUACGAGAGGAGGUACGAGAGGCACACAGGGACAGGGUACGGGAUAGACAGAGUAUUCACGGUCGAAAAUAGAGUCCACUCCAGCGAGGGAGAGAAAGAGCACCAACCUAUUGAUCGAGAGGAGACCUCCUCACCAGUGUAUGAAGAAUAUCGUGAACCCAAUCCAGAUACAAUCCCUGCCCCAGACCCUGUUCCAGAACCUGACCAGAACCACUAUGAUACUCUUCCCCCAACACGGCCUGCUUACCAGGGUUACCCCUCUCCUCCUCCAGGGCUCAACCUCCACCCAGCCCAGCUGCUACCCCCGCUCAGGGCCUGGGAUGGACAGAACGCCUGGGCGCCCCUGGAGGUGACCCAGGGGUCGGGACUUGGCGGUCACAGUUCAAGGCUAGAGAGGUCUGAGUCAGGAGAUGAGCUGGAGAGACUGUUGAAUCUGGUGUCACUCAGAGCUCGGAGGGCUACACGCACACAGAGACCCUCUGAUACACCCCCUCCUCCGGAACCAUCCACUGGCUGGGACGGGCUAGUUCGUCAGAGUACGAAGUGGAUUCUUACCAGUGGGAGUCGUCUGAUUGGCUGUCCCCGUCCCGGCUCCGCCUACCUGGCAUCGAUGGGGGGUCACAGUGAGGGAGAGAGAGGGAGAGGGAUAGACAGAGAGAGGAUGGGGAGAGGGAUGGAGGGAGAGAGAGGGAUGGAAGGAGAGAGAGAGGGAGAGAGAGAUAUAAGAUAUGGAGGGAGAGUUCACAGAGGCUAUGGUUCAGCUGAUAGAAGAGAUAGAAGAGAACCCUCUGGGGACAGAAGAGGAAACAGGAGUGAGUGUAGAGACGGAGGUGGCACAGGGGUAGCCAGACCACACACAGCAGACAGAAAGUACGAGAGGAGGUACGAGAGGCACACAGGGACAGGGUACGGGAUAGACAGAGUAUUCACGGUCGAAAAUAGAGUCCACUCCAGCGAGGGAGAGAAAGAGCACCAACCUAUUGAUCGAGAGGAGACCUCCUCACCAGUGUAUGAAGAAUAUCGUGAACCCAAUCCAGAUACAAUCCCUGCCCCAGACCCUGUUCCAGAACCUGACCAGAACCACUAUGAUACUCUUCCCCCAACACGGCCUGCUUACCAGGGUUACCCCUCUCCUCCUCCAGGGCUCAACCUCCACCCAGCCCAGCUGCUACCCCCGCUCAGGGCCUGGGAUGGACAGAACGCCUGGGCGCCCCUGGAGGUGACCCAGGGGUCGAGACUUGGCGGUCACAGUUCAAGGCUAGAGAGGUCUGAGUCAGGAGAUGAGCUGGAGAGACUGUUGAAUCUGGUGUCACUCAGAGCUCGGAGGGCUACACGCACACAGAGACCCUCUGAUACACCCCCUCCUCCGGAACCAUCCACUGGCUGGGACGGGCUGUACUGAUCAGAUAAUCCUCCAGAACCAUCCACUGGUUGGGACGAGCUGUACUAAUCAGAGAAUCCUCCAGAACCAUCCACUGGCUGGGCCGAGCUGUACUGAUCAGAGAAUCCUCCAGAACCAUCCACUGGUUGGGACGAGCUGUACUGAUCAGAGAAUCCUCCAGAACCAUCCACUGGCUGGGCCGGGCUGUACUGAUCAGAGAAUCCUCCGGAACCAUCCACUGGUUGGGACCGGCUGUACUGAUCAAAACAUCUUCCAGAACCAUCCACUGACUGGCUCUUUUGCGAGACAGGACCAGCACAACUUAUUAAAUAAUAUCAAAUCUAUUUAAAUGCAGUCACUGUAAGAUAAUAGAAACGUUCCACACAUUACCUCAAUAGUGCAACACAACAUGUAAUUCUGUUUUCACAACAUGUAGUUCUGUUUUCACAACAUGUAAUUCUGUUUUCACAACAUGCAGUUCUGUUUUCACAACAUGUAGUUCUGUUUUCACAACAUGCAGUUCUGUUUUCACAACAUGUAUUUCUGU